AUGUCAGCCGAUGUUGUUUUCGACGAAGAUGUUUUACUUGAGGAUGGCGAAAUAUUUGACUCGUCGUUCUCCAUUAGUGGAGAGAAUAACUCUAACGAAAACACAACAGAGAAUGAUGCAAUCGUCGCGUUACCGGAUAACGAUUUGUUUAAUAACCUGGAGGAGUGUGGCGACCAAAUUUCGGCUAAUUUAGCGACACGUAUCGACUCAGCUUGCACUAAGAAACCGGCUAAGGAGAAGCUUUUGAAUAUUCAAGAGCGUUACUUGCGUCCUAAGAACUGUUCUUUUCUUUUGGCUCCAAAGAUUAAUCUAGAGCUUUGGGAUGAUUUGUGA